GCCGACCGGUUAGUUGAAUAUCGCACACGGAUCCGAUCGCAUGCUCGCGUCGCUGACGGUCGCUUUUGCUUUUGUUUGUUUAUAUUCCGGUUGUGCAGAUCAGGACCACAUCACUUCGACUUCCGAUGCGGGAGAUACUACAAGGCGCGCGAAUCCGAUCCAUCACAUUUACUUAUUAUUAUCGACGGGACACCAACAAUCUCCUAGUACGUGCAGAAGGAUAGACAAAUAUGUCCCACUCUGCUUCUCAGGGCGAAAACCAAACGUUAGCCGAGUCCUGCAUCUACUACACACACGCUAAUCAGCAGAGAAAAUACUUAAGUGACUAUUGUUAUUGUUCGGUAAUUAGACUUAAACUCGUCAGGUAAAGGCUCCGCCCUUCUAUACUCGCGCACUUGACUCCAAGCGUAACACAAGUGGAUACACACCAAAAAAAAAACAACUUAAUAAAAAAUUAAGCGAUCGGCAAGGAAUGGAAAGAAAGCCGGUCGCAGUGGCGAAAACGAAUAAACAAAAGAAUACUGUGUGCAUGCUUCUGCGGUGAAGAUAAGUGUGCUAUUUAUUGUCAACCUAACGAAGCAAUCUGUCAGAAUUAAUUUGCGACAGUCAACGACAAGUAAAAGCAGUGUUUUUUUCCCCAUUCUGCAUUUUAUUGUUUUUGUUGUGUUUGUUUCUAGAAUUAAAACAAUACAAGUAUUUAUAGCAGAUAUUUAUUUUUUUUUUGUUCGUUCGAUGCAUGAAAUUGUACCCGAGAACGACACUCCCGACGCCGGCGGAAUUGAUUUUACCCAAAACAAAAGUACGAAGGCGUUCAUUAUUUGUGCGGAUUUAGGUUUGUUCGCGAGUGGUUGUGCCAAAAACGUCAGCAAUAAAAGUAGUUAGUAAUCUCUGGCUAAGAGUACCAUCAUCACACACACGCACGCACACGCGUGCAGUGCAGUAACGAACCAAAACCGGGAGCAGGCGCAGACGCAGACCACACGGGCUACUGAGUUGAAACAAUCAGCUGGAAAGUGGUCAGCAUUGGUACCGUCAUUCACACCGACUGUCAUUGCGUACGGCAAGGCAAGCGCACGGAUUAGUGGCGGAGAAAACCCGACGGCAGUGACGGAAUCUUCGCAGCAGCUACAGAAGCAACACACGGCUCUCGGCAGCGGUCGGUGCACUAACAGGUCAGUCUCUGAAAAUUGCACACAACAAUCGAAAUUAACCUGCUAAUAAAACACGCCAGGCAGAACUCCGUGGAACCAUACGAGAACCGAGCCAGAGCAGCUGAGUUACUGUUCGUCUUUUAAUCUUCGCUACCCAUUGACCAGUGGCCACUCUAGUUCGUUUCUAGAGGAAGGCGCGAAAGAAAAACAACAAACGCACAAAUUAUUCCCCAAUCGCCGAAGACGGUGAGGACGACAGCGGGAAGGAAUCAAGACCCGGCACGCAGCGUAGUCAGCAGAAGUGCACACACCUAUUGAACUUUGACCUUGUGUGCGCGCUUCGCGGAUACACUCUCCGAGGGAGAGAACAUUUACCAUAUUGUGAUUUUUACUACAAGAGUAUAAUAAGAAGUAAGGUUUAAUUUCGAGUUUGAGAGCUGAUUUUUAUUAUUGUACGCUAUCAAAACCGACUCGUGCUUUCAUUGAAAAGAAAGAUUUUAGACGUGCUUUUCGACAGUUACAGUAGGCGUCGAGAUCACGAAAGUGAGUAGUAAGUGCAAAAAAGCAGCGAAGAGAAAGAAUCCAAUCUGUGAUUAUAUUUUGUUAAUUUGUAAAUAACGCUUUUAAUCAACGUGAAAGUUGUCGAGUCGCCGCUCCAGCUUUUCUCCUUUCUCGUCGUUUCGAGAGUGCGAGAGACAAGUGUGCAGUGUCAGAGGAAGAACAAAGAGCGAAAGAGAGUGUGAAGAGAAACCGGCUACCAAGUUUAUUACCUGUUGUUUAUUAUUAUUGAAAAAAAUCGCGAACCCAGCGGCCAAAAAAUGUUCAACACCAACCUCAGCCUGACCGUGCCACCCCUGCUGGGCAUUGACGGUGGGGUGUGCACCACACCCAGAACACCGGAAAUCCUCAACUCGCUGAUGGCCAUGACAAACCCACUCGAGUACUCGUACCCGGUCGCUAGCAACCCCAACGGCAGCAAUAACACCUCCCCUGCGGUCGCCACCGUCGCCAACAAUACUGUGUCACUGGCAUCACACGACAGUCAUUCCAACAGUUCCGAUUCCCCGCUAGAUUCGCCCGCCGGCCAUGGUAGGACUCCGAGCGUACAACAGACCCGCUCGCAACUGAUCAAGGCCGGUGUGAAGCUGCUGAUUCAGAGCAAACGCAAGCACAGCGGAUGCGAUUCCAGCGAUGGAAACGAAUCGUCCAGUGGUGGUGGCCGCGAGGCAACAAGACGGAACGGCGGUGGACCGCAACCAAAAAUGCGCCGAGAUACGGACCUGCAGACGAGCGAAGAUGAUGUCGAUAAUCAUCGGACCACCAGCGGGUGCUCCUCGACGGGCGGCACCGGCCGGACGGGCAGUCCACGCACUGGGCUAACCCCCGAGGAUGAGGAUCGUCGCCGUCGGCGUCGGGAACGAAACAAGAUCGCUGCCACCAAGUGCCGAAUGAAGAAACGCGAGCGGACGGUAAAUUUGGUUAACGAAUCCGAAACACUGGAUGCCCAGAACAAGGAACUGAAAUCGCAGGUUAGCGAGCUGGAAAAUCAACGACGAAAGCUGAUGGAGGUCCUGCAGGCGCACAGUUCCACGUGUGUCCACCAGAAGGGCUACCAACCGUUACCAAGUCUGUCUACCAUCACAAACAAUUGCAAGUUUUUAAAUGAUCUAAGCUUCCUGGACAAUUCGAACGAGAUCAAGUAUUCCGAGUGUCUCAAGUCGGGUAGUGAAAUAGGCGACAACUCACUACCUCCUGGCUACUGCAAACUUUCACCAACCGAAGUCAACUACGCAACCCCAACCGAUGUCAUGGACGUAAACAACUUCACGAACCAAGCGCUAAAAUCCGAAUACAUUCCAAACGGUCAAGAUACGCGGCCCCGCUCGAAACCUGGCCCAAAGCCACGGCAAAGGUCAACCGGUGCCAUCAAGCGAACCGUUACCGUUACCAGUACAACAACCGUAACAGAAAAUCUACCCCCAGUGGUAGUGCCUACGGUUUCCCUGCCCAGUGCGGAGUUCAUCCUUAAAAAUGAACUCAUCGAUACCAGCAGUCCCUAUACUACGGUGCAAUCGGCCGAUCGUUUCCUUUUUGAAAACUCCAUGGAUCUGUACAACAACAACAACAUUGACAGCAGCACACUGGACAGCCAUCACACUAGCGAUAGUGACAAACUAGCUUCACUAGCCGUCAAAGACAACGCAUCGAACGCUUUACUGGAAUUCAACGCCAACUUCGAUACCGCCAUCAUCAAACCAUCGGAGUACGCCAUGCUGACCACCCACCAAACGCAGCAACCACAACACCAACAAUCACACCCACAGCAGCAGCAGCAACAACAACAACAACAGUGUCACCUACAACAAAAUCUCGGCCUGCUUGUCCCGCACCUUCAGCAGCAGCAGCAGCAACACCAAACACUGCACAAUCCUCACCAAUUCCUGUCCCACUCAUCACUCGGCAGCAUCGUGAGCAACGAUUUCCUGAUCCUGCCCGAGCACGAUGGCAGCGAGUUUACCGAUCUGGACAGUGGCAUCACGUCCUACAGCAACAUCAACGGCAGCUGCCUGGCGUGACCAGGUUGCUUUUGUUCGGCCACUUCGACGCCAUCGCCACCCACAUCAUCACCGCUACUGCUACCUCCCUUGCUAAUGCUGUUGUAGUUCGGGACGCCAUUUUGGAUUCGUUUUUUUCCGGGAGAUUUCUCCACUCCCAUUCUAAUCGCCUGCAGUUACCAGAGUUAGUCGGUUGUUUGUUGCUUUGUUUAUUUGUUUGCCUGCUUGCCUCCUGUCUUCUUCGGGUUAUUUCUCGUUAUUCCACAUGACGCAGCGCGGCUGAGAAUGCCAUUUAAUUCAGCUUAGCUGAUCGAUCGGUUGUCGUUUGAGGAGAUGAUCAUUAUCGCCGGUUUCGGGGUUUUCGGGGACAGCGGGCGCGUCGCGAAGAAAAGUGGUUAAAAAAAAUUGUUCCAUCAUCAGAUCUCACGCCAAUUCUUAGUUUUUUCUUUAAAUCGAACAGUUUUUAAUUUUGGUCAAAGAAUGCCAAAAAAUUGUAGAUUUCCACAUUUGUUUAAAUUGUCAAAAAAGUUGUUUUUUGUUUAAGAUCACACGUAAAAUUACCGAUGUCACCUAACCCACUUUCACUUAAAUCUAAGAGGAUACUGUUAACGUCUCAAUAAAUUGGCGUGAAAUCUCUCUGGUAUUGCCUGCUUGGAUUUCGAGACACUGGGCGCGUUGUAAAGAUAAUGGUAAAAAUUAACUUGUUUUUGAUCUUUUUAAUACUAUCCCUCAAUAACGAACUCUUUGGUAGCAUGAUGAAGAAGUUGUUUGUUUACAUAGUGUGUAUGGGACAGUUAACAUUAAAAAAGUUAUUUUCUUCAGAAGGAAUGUUAUGUUGUCAUGAAUUUCUACGUUCGUACGACUUGGUGGUUGUGUGUGAGUGUGCGCUUAAGUGCAAAGGUCUUCCUCUAUCUCUCUUCCUACUAUUCUCUCUAUCUCUCUUUCGGAUUGUUGAAUGUUUCCAGAAUACAUCUCCAGUUGCUGGAAGAUGUAUGAUAAAGAGAAAGGAACUUUUUCGUUGCCGGAUUUCUUUUACAAUUUAUUCGUAUACCCCAUGACAGAUAAGUGGCUGAAGCGUUCGGCUGAAGGGCGACUCCCACUUGUCCAAGUGAAACUGCACUGCACGUCGUCUGCCCAGCCGGUAUAGCGAAUCACGAAGAAAGUAAAGAAACUUUUCUUUAUGUUUUAAAAUGGAAAUGCAUUCCUUUUUCGGUAGUAAGUUAAUGAUUAUACCUCAUUUCCCCCCAGCUUUGUACCCCCCAUCAUUUUGUUGCAUUCGUUUUGAAAACCCACAGCGUAAUGUGAUAUUCACAGCUUAAGCUUGACUGAUGAGCCUAUAAGCUGUCAGUUCUGCGCUCUGAUUUGACAGUUAUAGAAACACAAUCUUUGCGUUGCCUGAAUCAAAAAAAAAACUACCCAAAACUUUUUGUAUAGUUUGCAGAGAAACAAACAGGAAAAAAACAGACAAAAACUGAAUAGUUGUAAUCAAUCAAAUGUGCUAAUCCUCUUCGGUAUAAGCUGUUCACUAAACCUAAGUUAUGAUGACGAUAAUUAUGACUAAUUAAAAAACGCUUAACCACAUUACUCGUACUCGCCUCCGUUGGCGUUUUCGCUGAGCGCAAACGCGACCGCAUCGAAAUGCGGAGGAAACAAAAAUGUAUAUUAUUAUCUGAUCUAAGAAUAAUAUAUGUUGAAUGGAUGUAUUUUUUAUAAAAAAAAGAACAUUAAGAAUGUUAGAGUAAGGCAUUUCCUAGAGUACGUUCUCCCGAAUGGAAAAAAAGAAUACGUAUAGCAUUGCUUAAAAAAUUCCGUCGGAUUGUUUGUGAUAAGAAAUUCGCUGCUAAAAAAAAAAACAAGUAACGCACACUUCAGUCAACCCCGGUUAUAUCCAGUUCUUAUUUUCCGUUCGGCGAGAUCGGUAAUUUAUUUGUAAGCAUCUAAACGCAACGUCUUCGACAAAUCAAACCGCAAUCAAGUUAAACUCUUUUGACAUCCGCAUGUAAGAUUAGGAUAGCACCAGAUUCAUUGCGCUUUAUGUAUACAAAAAAAAACAAAAAUAGACUAUUUACAAUUGUAGCAGCAACAACAAAGAUCACAAAAGGAAGAAGAGAUCGCACAUAUGUGAACAAAUCGUAAGAAAUAUUAAGCUUAUGCCCCAACAAGUAACAUGGUGGGCGAUAAUCCGCUUUAGUUUUCACUGCUGCUGCUUUAAGUCGCAAAAUGCGAGAGCAAUCAAUUAGGCACUCUCGCAGUAGGCUUUGAACAACAGCAGCAGUGCCUUGUGAGACAAUCUAUUAUCGCCCGCUUUCGCCGCUGGAAGUCGCUCUCGCCUUAUUGUAAAACAAGCAAACAAAAACGCGCAAGACUAGCUUGUUUUGAGACGUACUUUCUUCACAUUUGUAUCGUGUGACAUUUAUUCACUUCGACUUCGUGAAGCAAGUACAGAAAAAACACGUAAAAAAAUGUGCAUAGUUCCGCUAGAGCAGAUUUAAAUCAAAAAACAAACAUAAAUGCCUUCCUAUUUUCAGUAAUAGGUUAUAAUGCAUGUUAGAAAAAAAAUCUUGUAAACAUAUAUGUACACGUAUACUAUAUGAGAAAAAAAAACAACUUACUGUUUGAUCGAACCCGAAGCAUUUAAUAUAAAAUUGUUGUAAAGCCUGACCAAAUUUUUCGAAACGAAUCGAGAAUUGUGUAAAACCGUUGUUAGAAGCAAACCUGAUUAUUGUGUAUAAAACAAUACGGAGCAAAGUUACCAAAACCGAACCAGCAACCGCCGGAUCACGGAAAAAAACAGUCUCGCAGCAAAUAUUAGUUCCAUUUUACCCACGUCAAAACGGAUAUUUUAUAGUAUUUGCCACAUCCCCCCCCCCCCCUGCCUGGCGGUAGUGUGUGUUCUAGUCUAUUUCAUUUAAACCCCCCCCCCCCUUACCUUCCAUCGGUUCGUUGAAUCAAACACGUGAAGCCGCAACUGUGCCAUAAUUCGUUACGGUUUACGCCGCUGUCUCACGUGAAUUUUAAGUUUAGAUUUGUUUUUUUUUUUUGGUUGAUACAACUACUACCUUGUACCUGUGUGUCAGCAACAUUGUCCUCUUCUUCCACCAACCACCACACCAUUGCUUCCUCAUCCCUCCAGACCGACACAGGUCUUAGAUAUAGUUUCUAUAUUUAAAACCGAGCAGCAUUUUUUGACCUUAGCCUACUGUGUGUUUCUGCCCUCUUAACUUUGAUGAGCCCUCGUUAAAUUCUUUUCUAAAAUUGUUGUCACUCACCGAUUUGCCUACGUCAAACGUCAACCAGUGAGAGAAGAGUAACCGCGCGCGGAGGGAUCAAUUUCAUUAGCAUUCUGUGCCCUAUUUUAACUAGCGUUAGAUUGAUUGCGCUACGUGGAUGAAAGUUUCAAAUAACAACACACUCGCGAUGAACGAAUGAACUUUAAAAUAAACUGAAGCGUAUAUUUAAAAUCCUGUAGAGAGAGACAAAACAAACUCAAAACGAAACGUGCAACGGCGUAACAACAGUGCUAUAUUUACUACCUUAAACAUUGUCGUUGCCAGGACAAAACAACAACAAAAAAAAGAAGCCCGUGAUCGUAAGCGAAAAAAGAAUAACAAAAGCUGAAAACUUUAUCUAUAUAAGCAGCAGAGCAAAGCGCAAAAUGUUAUCAACAAAAUCGAUGCUGGAAAAAAUGGAGAAAUAAAUAAAACAGAAAAGCAACCAAAAACACAAAACAA